AAGAGAGAAGUUCCGGAAAGCCCUAAAACCCUCUCUGUCAUAACUCACUCCAAAGUUAGACGAGAGUUCCCUCAGUUCAUUUCGAACUGAAAACUCACUCACUUCGCUGCUCUCACUCGGUGCUUAGCCGAAGCGAACGAAGAUGUCGCUCCGGGUGCUUAACCCAAAUGCAGAGGUCCUCAACAAAUCGGCGGCUCUGCAUAUGAACAUCAAUGCCGCCAAGGGUUUACAGGACGUCCUCAAGAGCAAUCUUGGUCCCAAAGGCACCAUCAAGAUGCUUGUUGGUGGAGCCGGUGAUAUCAAGCUCACCAAAGAUGGCAACACUUUGCUUAAAGAAAUGCAAAUUCAAAAUCCUACAGCAAUAAUGAUUGCAAGGACAGCCGUUGCUCAAGAUGAUAUUAGUGGAGAUGGCACUACUUCUACUGUGAUCUUCAUUGGGGAGCUUAUGAAACAAUCAGAGCGUUACAUUGAUGAAGGGAUGCAUCCCCGAGUUCUUGUUGAUGGUUUUGAGAUUGCCAAAAGAGCAACUCUCCAAUUCUUGGAGAAAUUUAAGACUCCUGUGGUGAUGGGUGAUGACCCUGAUAGAGAGAUUCUGAAAAUGGUGGCCAGAACUACUCUAAGAACAAAGCUGUAUGAGAAAUUAGCAGAUCAGCUGACUGAGAUAGUUGUUAAUUCGCUUCUUUGCAUUCGCAAGCCUGAGGAACCAAUUGAUUUGUUUAUGGUAGAGAUUAUGCAUAUGCGCCAUAAAUUCGAUGUGGACACACGUUUGGUUGAAGGUCUUGUCCUUGACCAUGGUUCCAGGCAUCCUGAUAUGAAAAGACGUGCAGAGAAUUGUUAUAUAUUGACCUGCAAUGUUUCUUUGGAGUAUGAAAAGAGUGAAAUAAAUGCAGGCUUCUUUUACUCCAAUUCUGAUCAGAGAGAAGCAAUGGUUGCUGCUGAAAGGCGAUCAGUUGAUGAAAGAGUUCAAAGAAUAAUUGAGCUGAAAAAUAAGGUUUGUGCUGAUAAUGACAGUAACUUCGUCAUUAUUAAUCAAAAGGGAAUUGAUCCACCAUCAUUGGACCUUCUUGCAAAAGAAGGGAUUGUUGCCCUACGAAGAGCUAAGAGGAGAAAUAUGGAACGAUUGGUUUUGGCUUGUGGAGGAGAGGCUGUAAACUCUGUGGAUGAUCUUACUCCAGAGUGUCUUGGUUGGGCUGGUCUGGUCUAUGAGCAUGUCCUAGGGGAAGAUAAGUAUACAUUUGUGGAAAAUGUAAAGAACCCUCAUUCUUGUACAAUCUUAAUCAAAGGGCCUAAUGACCAUACAAUUGCUCAGAUCAAGGAUGCUGUCCGUGAUGGAUUGAGGGCUGUUAAAAAUACUAUUGAAGAUGAAUCUGUUGUAUUAGGGGCUGGAGCAUUUGAAGUUGCAGCUAGACAAUAUCUCGUUAAUGAAGUGAAGAAAACUGUUAAAGGGCGAGCUCAACUCGGUGUGGAAGCUUUUGCUGAUGCCCUCCUUGUGAUUCCCAAGAUACUUGCUGAGAACUCUGGUCUUGACACACAAGAUGCGAUCAUAGCACUUACUGGAGAGCAUGACAGGGGGAAUGUUGUGGGAUUGAACCAGCACACAGGAGAACCUAUUGACCCCCAAAUGGAGGGUAUUUUCGAUAACUACUCGGUGAAGCGCCAAAUUAUAAACUCAGCACCUGUAAUUGCAUCUCAAUUGCUGUUGGUGGACGAAGUCAUUCGAGCUGGGCGCAACAUGAGAAAGCCAACUUAGUUUUGGCAAAGGCUUACCUGUGUGGAAUUUUUUUUUGUUUCCUAGUUUGCUAUGAAUUGACUUGAGCUACAUUGUUUACUGAAACGAAGGGCGGUUUUGCUGAGUUUUUUUGUUAAAGAGAAAUUGAAAAUUUGCUUAUGGUUCGCAAGUUUCAUUGCUGAUCAACAGUGUUACAUCUUCUGUAAUUUCUCUUAUUAAUGUUACCAAAUUUUGUA